AUGACAAGACGACGAUCCUCCCAGGAGUCGGCACCGCACUUCGUCGUCGUGAGUACUUCACGUUGACUACGCCUCCGAUCCAGGGCGCAAUUCUGUAGAUGCCGAAGUCGUGGGCGGAAAGGCAUCAACAUUUCCUUCUCUCUUAUUGGGGGCGAAAGAACGCGAUGGUCUGGCGAAAGCUGUGUCCCGUACGGGUCUGCAGUAGGAGGAAGUCUUUACUGUUGUAGCUGUCGAUCCUGUGGCGACCGAGCGCUCCCUCCCAGACAACGUGGUCUGUGCCGACGCAGACAUCGAAAUCACCAAGGAAGACCAAUUUGUACGCCUUUGACCGUUGCCAGGAGGGUUUACAGGUCUUUUUGAAACUUGUUCACGUCAUUGGAGCUGGUCAUUUUGGGGUGGGGUCAUAAGCACUGAAGAUGUCUGCGCUUUUCUUCCGAAAAGAGGCAGACGCGGUCUUGAGACGAUCAGUUAUGCCCCAUGGCAGACAGGACAGUCGUCUCACGUCGUUCCUAGUGGUGACUGUGACUCGGGGAUCUUGAUACUCUGUGUUUGAACGUCUGUUCCAGAAUAGUUGUACCGGGUGCAAAAGUCCUCUGACUGUCUCUGUUCGGAAAAGCGCGUCUCCCAUGAGGUCCGCAGUGUCCGUCUUAUGACGGGCCAGUUCCCAGGCGACCAAGGCUAUCCUCCCUUCCGGUCGGUUUACCAUCGAAUUGUCUAAAAACGGACAAGCAUUCCAAGCUAUCACCUUAAGAGCAGCCUUUGCAGACUCACAAGGAUUAGGAUAUUUUUGUAUAUUCAUUCAACCUUCCUUCAUCGUUCACAUGUCGCUACCAGAACACAGAUGACGUGUUUUUUCAGCAGUUCUUGGGGGACCUUUGCUAACCACCUCGAGGGUUAAGAAGUGCGAUCCCUAAAUGGGGCUUAUUCAUCCCACGUGACUACAGAAUUUCACUAUGGGUGACGGCUUUUGCCUAACAGGAUGACCCGAGUUAGCCGGGGCAGCCUGCAGGAUUAGAUGUCGUACCCGUAGGAGAUUUUGUUUGAAGUUGAGGGGGAGUUUAGAAAUUAGCUCAGGGACUAACGGGUAUAAAGACACAUGCUGGAUGCUUAUGGUUUACCCUACCAGUCAAGGUCGGUCACCGUACUGAGCACGGCUUCGUGGAACCACAGACUAGGACUGGGUUCCGAGACGGGGUGAUCUAGUAGUAUCUACCAGGUUUAUCAAUGUAUUUGGUGGGGGGCAUCGGUUUAUUGCCACCAUCAUGGCCAUCCCUGCGCCAACAGGUGCAGAUGGUGUCACCUAUGCUAUAUCUUGGUGCUUGUUUAUUGUCGGCAGUGUAUCUGCGGUAGGGUAUCCUCGUCAUUGUGGAGUCUUUCAACGUCCAUCCACCCGCGUUGACGAACCUUGAGUAACUGAGCCGCUGCAGCGUGAGUCUCCGCCCACAACACGCCGGGAGACCUAAACUAUUCAUAUUAGAUUGAAUUUACUUAAUUUUCGGUAUCUAAUCCCUUCUGUCAAAUAAUUCCCUUUUCACAUGAAAGGUCUGUCUCAGUAUCCUUGGCACUUGGACCGGACCCGAGUGGACGCCAGCUCAGAGUCUUUCAUCUGUUUUAAUCUCCAUACAAUCACUCAUGAAUCAAGAGCCAUAUUACAACGAACCUGGAUUUUCAACUGAGCGUUUUCCCGGUGACUCGAAGCGUUACAAUGACAUUAUCAGGCACGAGACCUUACGUUGUGCUGUCUGUGAUGUCUUGGAACGAAAAUUCUACAUUCCUGAUGAACUAUACGUUGUUGCCUCAGAAGCUUUUAAAGAUUACUAUCAACACUUCGAAAGCAUAUGUGAGGCGAAUUUAAAUUACUCCGGCCAACAAAUGAACGACCCCUUUGGCGAACGACGUGGAAUCUUUCAGUACCACAACGUUCUGCAGCGUCUUCGUGCUCUGAAGGCCUCUUCAGCUGCCUGA